AUGGCCCAAGGAGCACCUAAACCCACAGACUCAGCUUCGCUAGCGACCUCUGCAAGUGGUCACCAUGAUUUUGGGAACAACGAAGCUCCAACGGAAGAAAAUGCCUCGCUAGCAUCGGUAUCAUCAAACGCGGCAUCUGCAAGCCACCCGAUUCAACCCAUCACGGAAAGAGACCGGAGUCUUGCUCAUUCUCAUAGCAACGAUGACGACGAGGACCACAUGCAUGAGCCCCCAAACCCCAUACUAGGCCCAGUGGCAGACCUCGAGCGCGGUAUCACGUCAUUUGAAUCACUCCAACGCCAGCAACAGAGACAGCAGCAACAACUACAACAACUAGAAGAGGCGAAACUAGACCGAUUUCAAACUGCAAAAACAAACCAAAGUUCUAAAACUAAUCUCACGCAAAGUUCGAGAAAAUCGCUUCGCGUCAAACAUCUGGAAAAAAGAGGAUUAUUAGCAGGUCUAGUAAUCGUUCCAGAAUACCACGAUGCAAGAGAUUAUCCACUAAGAAUAAAAUACCUUAUAGUCUGCAUCAUUGCAUUAGCAUCGAUAACGGGACCAAUGGGUACCUCCAUCAUGUUGCCCGCCAUUGACGACAUUGUGGACAAAUUGCAUACAACAACCUCCAUGGUUAACGUCUCCGUUGGUAUAUAUUUAUUGUCCUUGGGCAUAUUCCCACUUUGGUGGUCUUCCUUUAGCGAACGAUUUGGAAGACGCUCUGUGUAUUUCAUCAGUUUUGUCCUUUUCGUGGCGUUUAGUAUCGGAACGUCAUUAUCCCCCAGUAUUGGUGCCUUGAUUGUAUUGAGAGUGCUUCAAGGCGGUUCGUCUGCUAGUGUCCAAGCAGUAGGCGCUGGAACCAUUGCUGACUUGUUUGCGCCGCAAGAGAGAGGCAAAGCCAUGGGCUGGUACUAUUUGGGCCCCUUGAUGGGCCCAUUCUUGGCUCCCAUUGUUGGUGGUGCCGUUUCGCAAGCGUGGGGCUGGCGAGCCACCCAGUGGCUAUUGAUGAUUUUCGCUGCUUGCAACUUGCUCAGCAUCACCUUUAUGCUUCCAGAGACAUUAAGAAAGCUCGAUAACUUGGCAGUGUUGAAAAGCGUAUUGCAGCGUCAUGAUGAUCAACACCAGCACGUUGAUGAAAAGAAGGAGGAACACGCCGACGGCGGCAGCAGCAACUCGAGCGGGCAAGGCGAGAAAUUGGAACCUCACGACGUAGAGCCCCGCGGCAUCACUACAGACACUAUAGACGACAAUGAGUUGCAAAGAGUCGCCACCAACAUGAGCCGCAGAUCGAGCACGAGAUCAAUACGAUCCAUUAUUGAAGAAGAGGAAGAAGAGGGCCCCAUCUACGAUCCAGUGAUGCCCACGUUAUCACGGCUCACCACGAAUAGAUCAAACUAUCUGCGAAGGAUACAGCAGAACUAUCUCGCGGGGGAAAUCCGUCGCUCCAUGUCCAAUAUGCCAUUGGAACCACGCAUCUCUGCCGGUGCCGGUACCGCGACCCCGUCAGUCAAACUGAACAUUGAAGGAGGCCAACAAGAACGAGAAGGAGAAGAAGAAGAAUCAAGACCAAGGACCAAAAUGCAAGAGUUUAGAACAAACGCCUACGACUUGUUCAUACGCCCGCUCCAUUCCCUCGUCCUACUCCGAUAUCCACCCGUACUCCUCGUCAUCAUCUACUCCGGCAUAUCCUUCGCCGUAAUCUACUUCUUCAACAUGACCAUCUCGUACGAGUACGCGCGCGAGCCCUAUCAUUUCAGCCAGAUCAUCGUGGGGCUAAUGUACAUCCCCAACUCCGUCACCUACCUCGCGGCAUCGAUGAUUGGCGGCCGCUGGAACGACCAUUUGCUCAACCAGUACGCCAAGAAACACGGCGAGCUCGUUCCAGAGUCGCGCAUCUCGUGGAACUUGGUCCUCGCCGUGAUAUUGUACCCCAUGGCGUGUCUCAUCUUUGGCUGGACCAUCAAGUAUGGCGAGUUUUGGCUCGUGCCCUUGAUUGGCACCGCGAUAUGUGGUUUCGCAUCAAUGUUGGUCAUUGGUGCCACCGUGACUUACUUGGUGGACUCGUUGCCGGGAAAGGGCGCCACGGGGGUGGCGUUGAACAAUUUGAUCCGGCAGAUCUUGGCUGCCAUUGCUACGUUUAUCGUGGAGCCGCUCCUUCGCGCCAUUGGGCCGGGGAUAUUGUUUUCCAUCUUGAUGGGCAUCUUGACUGUUGCCAGUGUGAUUUUGGUCUACUUGAAACGUCGCGGUGCCUAUUUCCGAGAACACUACGACUUGAUGAUGCUUUAUGAUAAAUUAUAA